AUGGUUCAGGUGGAGUGGUUAUUGGUGACCUACAUGGGUGCUAGUUGGAGCUGGGAGGAGGAGUUCAACGUUCACAAAAUCCACUUUCUCACCUCUAAACCAGAGCUUCUGCUUCAGCCACAGUGGGAUAUUCCUCCAUUGUUGUGGCUUCUGUACAGAUGUUUUAUGCUGCUCUACACCUUCAGCUGGUUUAUCUACACCGCUCUUCUCUUCAACACACCUAAAUUCCUCAUUUUUAUCAGCCAUAUCUCAUACUGUCUUAUGGCUAUCUACUGUCUGGUUUCUCUUUGUAAUCUGGCCUGUGCUUUCCUGGAAAUCAGCUGCUGCUCUCACAGAAUGAAAAGAGGCGUCAGUAGUGAAUGUGAGAGCCUCCUUUCUCUCCCCGCUGCUCUCUGUCUGCAGUGGUUCCUGCAUUCUGUGAUGGGCUGUUGUUCAUUAACCGUCUCCUUUCUAUACUGGACCAUAAUUCACCCCUUUGACCAGCACUCCUUCACAGCCUUCAACAUCCAUGUUAUCAACAGCAUCCAGACAGCUGUGGAUCUGUAGUUGUCCUCCACACCAGUUCAUCUCACCCACUUCUACGCUGUGCUGGCCGGAGCCCUUUAUGUCAUAUUUGCUGUUGUUUAUUGGCUGAUGAGUGGCACCAACUUGUUUGGUCAACCCUACAUCUACAGCAUUCUUGAUUUCAGUGGGCGCCCCCUAGUGGCAACACUUUGCAUUCUGGGAGUUUGUCAUCUGCUUUGUUUAUCAUCCUGCCACUUCGUGCUGUGGAACCUGCACUUACUGAGGGAGUGGAUGGUGAGCAGGGAGGAAUCGAGGAGAAUUGCUUUAAGGAGAGAGGUUUGGUGGUGGCUGAAGGUGUCUGGAGGAAUAACCUUUGACCUUGUGCCUUCACUGGAUCCAGCUGCCUCUGUGUUUGAGACGAGCAGGAGGACAGCCGUGAUGGAGGACCAGCAGUCUCAAUCACUCACUCUUGUUUGAAGCAGUUUCUGGUUAUCAAUACAUGUCUUCUUCUGGAGCUCUUGGAAGAAGUAGGCGGGGCC